AUGUUCAUUACAAUGAACCCGGGGUACGCGGGACGAGCAGAACNAGAACUUCCUGAAAAUCUUAAGGCAUUGUUCAGGUAUGUUGCAUGUUUACUCGUAUUAUGUAUUUAAUAAUUUUCUAAAACAAAGAAAGAUUUUAAAAUUUGAAUUCCCUCCAGACCUUGUGCCAUGGUGGUACCAGAUUUUGAAUUGAUCUGUGAAAUCAAUUUAAUAGCAGAAGGUUUUCAGAGUGCGAGAAUACUUGCGAGAAAAUUCAUAACCUUGUAUAGCCUUUGCAAAGAAUUAUUAUCAAAGCAAGAUCAUUACGAUUGGGGUCUAAGAGCUAUAAAAUCUUUAUUGGUUGUCGCCGGAUCAUUAAAGGUAAAUUAUAAAUUAUAAUAAAAGUAAAUUUCGUGAAACCAACAAUAUUACGAUUGGGGUCUAAGAGCUAUAAAAUCUUUAUUGGUUGUCGCCGGAUCAUUAAAGGUAAACAUGUUCAUUAUAAAUUAUAAUAAAAGUAAAUUUCGUGAAACCAACAAUAUAAAUAUAUUUUUAAAUUUUAAAGAAAAAAAUACAUUAAAAUAAAAGUCAAACUUUUCCAAAUAACUGAAACAUUUAUGUAAAAUUAUAAUAAUUAUAUUAUACUAGAACUACAUAUAAUAUACAACCCAAUGUAUUUUGAAACAGCCGUAACGUAACAAAUUUAAUUUCAAUUUUAGCGAUCAGAUAGAAAUCGCCCGGAAGAUCAAGUUUUAAUGAGAGCUCUCAGAGAUUUUAACACCCCAAAAAUCGUAACUGAAGAUACCAGUAUAUUUAUGGGACUAAUUGGUGAUCUGUUUCCUGCACUUGACGUGCCCCGAAAACGUAAUUUAGAUUUCGAAAAAACGGUCCGCCAAGCUGCGCUUGACCUGAAACUCCAACCUGAAGACAAUUUUAUACUCAAGGUCUCCAUUUUCAUUGUUAUUGUCAUAAAAUGCGCCAUUUAAAUAUACAACCCAAUUGUUUUGUUGGCACAGGUAGUACAACUAGUGGAGUUGUUAGAAGUUCGACAUUCAGUUUUUAUAAUCGGUUUGGCUGGUACGGGAAAAUCUGAAGUCUGGAAAACACUGUACAAGGCCUAUUCAAAUAUGAAAUUGAAACCUUAUUUCAACGAUAUUGAACCGAAAGCAGUUACCAACGACGAGUUGUUUGGUGUUAUCAGUGCCACUACCAGGGAAUGGGUGGAUG